GAUCCCUGGGGCUGUGGAACAAACCAAAGUGGGAGGGGUGCAUAGGGGGCACUUGUAGUGCUAAUACACAGAAGCAGGAUUUGUGUUUGAUCCAUACCCUGUACAAAGUGCUGGCGAUGGUCUGAGAGAGCCCGGCGGACAGGUAGGGGCAUCUCCGCACAGAUCCGGCGCGGUGUCACCAUGUCCGUCGGUUUCCUGCUGGAUAUCCCCGAGGUCCAGGACGAGAGCAGCAGCCCCUGUGAUGAAUUCGAUGUGCACGACUCCUUCUGCAGUGUUAUUCGAGAUGUAGAACGCGGAGGAGACUUCGAACUUCAACCAAUUAAUCAAACAGGGAACGCACGUCACACCCAAGAUGAUCAUCACAUGGCCACCUUGAAAAUCCUAGCGGACAUGCCAAGCCGGACAAUUGGACGAUGUAAGGGGACGAUGCUUUCCGAGUAUUAUAAUCGAACCAUGAUAAAGAGACGGUCGAAGAAACGUCCGUCCGUCUACAAUUUGCAGUAUGGGUCGAGGCCCAGUGUGCGAUGCAGAGAGGAGGUGGAAGAUGGAGAAGAGGAACAACAGAGAUUGCUGGUGUCUGAGCUUCAGAGAACCCCAGGGAGCCAGAGAACCCGCCUGCUAAAGAGUUUUCCUCUAAGCCUUCGAGUGAAGAGACAGUUAAGGCAGUUGACAAGUGAAGGAACGUGGAGGCAAAGGAACGUGGUCCCAUGCUGCAGCCAAAUAAGAGACAGCAUCGCCAUGGCUAGUCACCGGUGCUGGUUGUCCUGUCUCUCGGGGCUGUAUGCCCUCCGUCCUUGGCACAAUUCUCUCAAGCAGAUCGGAGGGCGAUUUGGUUCCAGCGUUCUCUCGUACUUUCUCUUCUUGAAAACUCUUCUGGGAUUCAAUAUCUUCAUGUGUUUCCUGUGCGUCCUAUUGGUCGUGACACCGCAGGCCGCGCACCCACACGUGUCUACCAAUCCACGUACUUUCACCAGUCUGGAGCUGCUCACGGGAGCUGGUUAUUUUUCUGGCACAGUUAUGUAUUACGGAUACUACAGCAACCUCACUUUGAAUGAUGGAUGUCCUUCUGCGUAUAAUUCCUCCAUGUGCUCCACCACCAAGACCUGGCUUCCUUACCACAUGCCGCUGGCUUACCUCUACACCAUCGGGGUCACUUUCCUCAGCACGUGCAUCAUCCUGGUUUACCAGAUGUCUUGCUCUUUUGGCGACAGUUUCCGGGUCGGAUAUUUCUCAGGGGUUAUGGCCCUUAAGGUUUUCUGUUCCUGGGACUUUAAGGUGACGCGUAUCCAUUCUGUGCAGAGACAACGAGAGAAUAUCCACAUGCAGCUCAAAGAGAUGCUGUGCGAUCAGCUGCAGGACGGACACCCCGAUUACAUCAGGAAGAAGCUGAAAAGCAUCUGCGUGCCGGUGCUUUCCUGGUCUUUGUGCGUCGUCAGCUGGUUGGGGUCAGCGCUGGCCGUUUAUGUUCUAUCAGAACGUUUACACAAGGACCACCGCGUACGAGUUAAAACAGGAAUGGAGUCGGAAGUGGAGGCCAUGCUUUUACUGCUACCCCUGGCAGUAUCUAUAUUUAAUCUACUACUGCCCUAUGUGUAUCAUGGGCUGGGGCUUUGGGAGAAGAUGGAUUCCCCUAUGCUGGAGGUCUAUGUGGCCAUCUGCAGGAACCUCAUGCUGAAGAUUGUUAUCCUUGGGGUCCUCUGCUACCACUGGUUAAGUCAAAAGACGAAAUAUCUGGAGAACAAGUGCUGGGAGACCUUUGUAGGACAGGAGUUAUACCGGUUUGUGAUCAUGGAUCUGGUCUUCACUCUUCUGGACACUCUCUUUGGAGAGCUGCUAUGGAGGAUAUUUCUAGAAAAGAGAAGGAAACAGAAGUGCCGCACCGAGUUUGACAUCGCCCGGAACGUCCUGGAGCUUAUCUACGGGCAGACCCUGGCCUGGCUCGGUGUGCUCUUUUGUCCUCUCAUCCCAGUUGUCCAGGCACUGAAGCUGUUGCUAUUGUUUUACGUUAAGAAGGCCAGUUUGAUGAGGAACUGUCGCUCCCCUAAGAAGCCAUGGAGAGCCUCGCAUAUGAGUACCACCUUCCUUACGCUCCUCUGUUUCCCCUCGUUCCUCGGGGCCGCUGUGUUCCUCUCCUACACCGUGUGGUCGGUGAAGCCGUCAGACACCUGCGGCCCUUUCCGCUUUCUCGGGACCAUGUACCAAGCUGGGAAGUUUUAUAUCCGGGAACUGGAAAAGUCCGACCCCCGGCUGAGUUGGGUCACUUGGGUCCAUCACUACCUAUGGGAAAAUACUUUCUUCAUUUACCUGGCGACUGGAGUCUUGCUGGUUGUAAUUUACUUUCAUAUUCAGAUAGUAAACGGGCAGAGGAAGAUCAUCAAACUGUUAAAGGAGCAGAUUUCAAAUGAAGGUGAGGACAAGCGAUUUCUGAUUAGAAGACUUCAUUCUGUGUACCAGAAGAAGAGCACCGGCCAGCGGAAACCCCUACCAGGCCAGCCAAAGGAAUACUUUACCUCGGGAAAGACCUGAUGCGUCGUCUUUAUAGCAGCUAGUCUAACGCCGGAAGAAAAAUGUGCCAAAGAUUAAAGGGAGCUCAUAGCGUCAUAAGAGACAGACGACAAAAGGAUGUAUGAUCGUCCUAGAACCACUUUUUGUAUUGCCCUAUUUAUCCAAUAAAAGGAUUUUUUUUGCCCCAGAGCCGACUGUGGGAAUGUGUAUGCCGGAGCCUGUAAAUGUAUGAGGUCUACACGCAUCCCCAGGGCAGCGUAUCCCUUGGCAUCGGCCACCAAAGACACAAGUCUUCACACAUGGGGGGCUGUGAGUUCAUCGAGACCAUGUGAGGACACACACUACGGUUCAGAAGCUGUUUUAAUGGAAAACCGGGAAAUUUCUAGCUAUCAUACCAAUUAGCCACUUCAACUUAAACUUGGAUCAGCGAACACAACGUGCCAUUGGAACACAGGAGUGAUGAGAGUGAUAAAGGGUGAUGAGAGUGAUAAGAGACCUCUGUACGCCUAUGAAGAUUUGCCGUUUCCAGCUCUUGUUAUUUUAAUGAACAAAAACAAGGACAGUUUGACCCCAAACCUUCGAACGGGACCCUUAAGUAGUCCUGAAUGAACUGAUUGAAAUCUGAUUGGAAUAUUCUUUUAUUUUUAUUCGCAGUGUUGUCCCCCCGCCAUGCACCUGGAUGCCUUUACCCUAUGAGCCAUUCAUUUUACAUCUUUCAAUUCUUUGCAACUUUAUUUGUUAAUAAAUGUAUAACAAUUUGCAA